AUGGAACCAACAGAAUUCAGUGGUGAACAUGGAGAUGACUAUUUCAAAAAAGUUUUUCCAUUUAAACGUAUCCUGCCAAAAUCAUUGAAAAAAGAUAUUUAUGGCUAUUUUUUAUCAGCAAAUUAUCGACCAAAGUCGAUAAUUCUACCACCAAGAAUUUCACCAAUCGAUUCUACCAUAGUAACAAAUAAACAUGCUUCAAUGAUUGAAUUUUGGAUGCAAAAUCUUAUUAAUAGUAAUAUUACUAUUGGUACCACCAUCAUUAAUAACAGUAAUCCAAUCAAUCCAAUUACUAAUCAUGGUACACAUUCAAAACGUCUAGAUUAUGAUUGGAAUUUACUGUUUAGAGCAUCAAGAGAUGGAUUUACAUCAGGUGAUUUUCAUUCAAAAUGUGAUAACAAAGGAAGUAGCAUUGUAUUGAUAAAAAUGAGAGGUCAUCCUCAAAUAAUUGGCGGGUAUAAUCCAGUUGGGUGGUACACAUCAAGAUGUGGAUACCAUCCAACAGAAGACAGUUUUAUAUUUUCAAUGAAUUUUGACGAGAACAAUAAUUUUGAUAAAUGUUGUAAAUUAAACAGAGUGAAAAAUUCUAAUUUUGCAAUCUAUCAUGAUCCAUCCAGAGGUCCAACAUUUGGAUAUCCAGAUUUAAGUAUUAGUGAUCGGUAA